AUGGGUAUGAAAUGCACCUGCAAAUUCAUAUAUGGCGGACGUAAACGUGAGAGAAUCAUCUCUGAAAAUCAUAAAAAUGCGGUAACUUCCUUACGGUUUCUCGCUUUCUCAGAUAAACAAAUAGAAAAACCAGUCGGUUGGGAAUUCUGGAAUUACCAUGACUUGAGCGAAGGUGCGGGAGGCAAAUUCAUUUAUAUGGUUUGGAAUAAGGGGGAAAAUGAGCUAAACCCUAUCAUAGAAAUCGAUUUUUGUGUCAGUGAAAGUAAGGAAAGUUAUGAAAGAAAGGGAAUAUCAAUUUCUAGUUCUCAAGGAUAUUCAGGUGUUUUUAAGAAAUCAAGUUUACGGAUUGUUGAAGAAGAAAACUUUGUCCUGCCAGUUGACGUUGCUUCUGAACAUAAAAGGAUACUUCGUGAACAAGACAGGAAUAUUGAGGAAAUAUAUAACAUGCCUUGUCCUUUGGCUGCCUCAAAUCCUAAAGCAUGGAAGGAAUGUAAUGAAGAUCCCAUUAAGAUUUUUAACUUAAGACCGCCAGAAUGUUGUGGUCUACCAGUAUCUGUUUUUGGCAAGUUUCUUGCAGACUAUCGUAAUGAUGAACUACCUAUACCAAAAAGAAGAUAUAAACAAAUCUCAAAACUAGAAAAAAUCGUUGGACAAAUAUAUCAAAAUGAAACUAAAUGUCAAAAGGCACUUCGUCCUUUUUUUGCUUUUUUAUUUAAUGGAAUUCGACCAGUAUCUAUUGUGACUGAUAACAGUGCUAUUGUUGAUGAUGUAUUGCUUACUGAUAAUACAGAUUUUGGAGAGAAAGCUGCUCCUGUUAUAUGGGAAUACAAAAACGAAAUUGGGACAGUAUCUGUUUUUGGCAAGUUUCUUGCAGACUAUCGUAAUGAUGAACUACCUAUACCAAAAAGAAGAUAUAAACAAAUCUCAAAACUAGAAAAAAUCGUUGGACAAAUAUAUCAAAAUGAAACUAAAUGUCAAAAGGCACUUCGUCCUUUUUUUGCUUUUUUAUUUAAUGGAAUUCGACCAGUAUCUAUUGUGACUGAUAACAGUGCUAUUGUUGAUGAUGUAUUGCUUACUGAUAAUACAGAUUUUGGAGAGAAAGCUGCUCCUGUUAUAUGGGAAUACAAAAACGAAAUUGGGACAGAACAAGACAGGAAUAUUGAGGAAAUAUAUAACAUGCCUUGUCCUUCGGCUGCCUCAAAUCCUAAAGCAUGGAAGGAAUGUAAUGAAGAUCCCAUUAAGAUUUUUAACUUAAGACCGCCAGAAUGUUGUGGUCUACCAGUAUCUGUUUUUGGCAAGUUUCUUGCAGACUAUCGUAAUGAUGAACUACCUAUACCAAAAAGAAGAUAUAAACAAAUCUCAAAACUAGAAAAAAUCGUUGGACAAAUAUAUCAAAAUGAAACUAAACGUCAAAAGGCACUUCGUCCUUUUUUUGCUUUUUUAUUUAAUGGAAUUCGACCAGUAUCUAUUGUGACUGAUAACAGUGCUAUUGUUGAUGAUGUAUUGCUUACUGAUAAUACAGAUUUUGGAGAGAAAGCUGCUCCUGUUAUAUGGGAAUACAAAAACGAAAUUGGGACAGGUGGAAAAGAUCCAACAAUUCAAGGCGGUUGUGAAUAUGCAAAAUAUUGGGCUCAAACAGAUAUUGUCAAGCACCGCAAGUAUUCUUGUUGUCCAUCAAUUGUUCUGGCCAUCGCAGGACCUUGGAUUUGUGUUCUCAGAGCAAUAUAUCUUGAAAAACCUGUGAUCGAGCUGUUAACUGACUUUAUUCUUAUGAUGAACCGGCCUGAAGAUGAUGGUAUAAGAGUGAAACAACUCGCUACACUCUUUGAAGCCUUACCUUUAAUAGAGAAUGAAUGGUAA